CUGUUCGCUACGUCGGACUAGAAUUACUUCCGCCCCGAGUGUCCCCCAGCGAUAUACAUACGCUCCCCCCAGUGCCUGUACUGCUAGAUACUAAGCCCCCUGCAUCGGUAGAGUGAUGCGGCGUCGGGACAGCGACCUGCUGUCGCUGGUGCGGCCUCCGCGGAGCCACUCGCGCCUGAGCUUCAGCCACAGCCACAGCCACAGCUACAGCCAGUGCAGCAGUCGCAGCCGCAGCGGCAGCUUCGAGAGCGACGUGCGCUGGUCCGAGCGCGCCUCGAGCGUGGCCGGGAGCGACCUGGACUUUGGCUCGGAACUGCUGGACGUGGACGACCUGCAGCUCCUGCAGCAGCAGCACAAGCAGCAGCAGGCCGAAGGACAUGAGACCGUGCGCGUCACCGUCCGCUUCCGACCGCUGCUGCCCAGGGAGAAGAGCGCCACCAAGUCCGCCUGGACGGUGCACGCAGAGACCGGGACGGUGGAGGCAGCUCCGGCGGUUCCGGGCCAGAACGCGCGACGCCGAGGCGUCUACGCCUUCGACGAGGUGUACGACGCCCAGCACUCGACCAGAGCCAUCUACGACGGCCUCGCCAGGUCCAUCGCCCGCUCGGCGCUCGACGGUAUUCACGGGUCCAUCUUCGCCUACGGACAGACCAGCAGCGGCAAGACGCACACGAUGCAGGGCACGGCGCUGCGGUCCAGCAGGAGGAUGACGCUACCUGACAAGGAGAAGACGGUCGAGACGGAGGAGGACCGACGACCCGAGGACAGCGACGGACUCGUGCAGCUGGCGGUCAAGGACUUGUUCGACGAGAUGGCCAGGAGGUCCGAUGUCGAGUACCUGGUGCGCGUGUCGUACCUGGAAGUGUACAACGAAACGGUCAAAGACUUGCUGGCGCCGACGUCCACCGCCACCGGGAAGAGGAGAGACUCGACUGUUCACAUCAGAGAGCACCCGGUCACGGGCGUGUUCACGGACAACUCGGAGAGGGUCGUCACGGAUGCGCGCGGAGUGCUGCAAGCUCUGCGCGACGGAGAGAAGCAGCGCGCGGUGGGCGUCACCCGCAUGAACGAGCGCAGCAGUCGCUCGCACUCGAUUUUCCGUGUCGUAAUUGAGUCCAAGACGCGCCUGGAGUCGCCCGUGCCGACGGAAGAUGACGCUGAUGUGGAGCGUGUGCACGUCGGUUGUUUGAACUUUGUGGACCUGGCGGGGUCGGAGAGCGCGCGUGCUGUCAGUUCGGGCGGCAAGCGGCUCACGGCCGAGAGCGCCAACAUCAACAGAAGUCUACUGGCCCUCUCGAGGGUCGUGGUGGCGCUAGGUAGCAGCAAGUCGUCGAACCAGCAGGACCACAUCAACUUCCGCGACAGUAAACUCACGCGCAUCCUGCAGCCGUCUCUCAGUGGGGCUGCGCGCGUGCUGUUCGUAUGCUGCGCGUCGCCUGCGCCUGCUUACAUCGAGGACACGCGCAGCACGCUCAAAUUUGCCAGCCGCGCCAAGCGUAUCAAGGUGAAUGCAUCAGUUAAUGAGGUGGUGGACCAGCGCGCUCGCGCGCUGAUGGAGCUGGCCCGUGAGAACCAGCUUCUGCGUCAGCAGCUGGAUGCUUUGGCUUCCGCCAGUCGCGAUGAAAUGGACGCGAUGGAGGAGCACGCAGCUCGGCUGCGUAUGCGAAUUGUAUCGCUGGAAGCUGCUGCCGCUGCUCCAGCAUGGACGUCGUCGGUGGUGAUUGCUCCAGCUGUGGAUACCGCACUCAAGAGCAGAGAGAACCGACAGCCUGAAGUCACUGGACUGGAAGGAGCCAACUCGCCUACGGACUCGGAUAACCAAGCUCUCGAGCUGGAACUCUCUGACGAUGAAGGCACGGAGGUUGACAGCCAAUUCGACUCGCCGACUGGAUCGCCUCUGCUGGUGGCGGACGCGGCAUGUCCGACUUGUGAGACUCUUGACGACGCUCUGGAGAUCGCCAAGACUCGUGAGAUGGAGUCGUAUCUACGUAUUGAGGAGCUGGAGCAGCAGAUCGCGCGUCUUCAGCGCCAGAAUGGAGAAGAUGGCACUGAAGCUGAUAAAGAGGACGAGUCCACAACCGAAUCGCAAUGCGUGUUGGACGUUGACGUUGAGGACGACGAAGCGGAUGAAACGGAAGCGCUAUCCGGGAACGGGGGACUGGGCAGCGUUGUCCACGCCAGCAGUGUGAGCCUGGCAAGUGCAGCGCUGUUGGCGCUGGUGGUCGACUCGUUGAAGAAGCGCAGUCCUACUGAAGCUCUCGCGAUCGUGGUGAUUGCGCUUACAUGUAUGGGGAUCAUGCUGGCAAGUUUCGCGUGGAACAUCGCGACAGCAACACUCUGA